UGUGGCUACCGCUGAGGAAGAUGCCGUCGGUUUCGAAAGUGGCUUUUCGAGGUGGCGGGUGCGGUGGGUCCCCGCAGACCGAGCAGCCGACGCACUAUAAGUAUCUGAAGGACUUUAGGACAGAGCAGUGCCCUCUAUUCUUGCAGCACAAGUGUACCCAGCACAGACCAUUUACCUGUUUUCACUGGCAUUUCCUAAAUCAGCGUCGUCGUAGACCCAUUCGAAGGCGUGAUGGGACUUUUAACUACAGUCCAGAUGUUUAUUGUACAAAAUAUGAUGAGACCACAGGAAUCUGUCCAAAUGGAGAUGAUUGUCCUUAUCUGCAUCGAACAACAGGGGAUACAGAAAGAAAAUAUCAUCUCAGAUAUUACAAGACUGGAACAUGUAUUCAUGAAACAGAUGCUCGUGGCCAUUGUGUGAAGAAUGGACUCCACUGUGCCUUUGCUCAUGGGCCUCAUGACCUUAGACCACCAGUAUAUGAUAUAAGGGAACUUCAGGCACAGGAAGCCUUACAGAAUGGGCAGCUAGGAGGUGGAGAAAACAUCCCUGACCUACAGCCAGGAAUUUUAGCUAGCCAAGCAAUGAUUGAAAAAAUUCUUAAUGAGGAUCCGAGGUGGCUGGAUACUAAUUUUGUAUUAGCUGGCUACAAGACAGAACAAUGCACCAAACCCCCUAGACUCUGCCGCCAGGGUUAUGCAUGUCCCCAUUAUCACAACAGCCGAGAUAGAAGACGGAAUCCCAGAAAAUUCAAAUACAGGUCUACUCCUUGCCCCAGUGUAAAACAUGCAGAUGAGUGGGGUGAACCUUCUAAGUGUGAAAAUGGGGAUAACUGUCAGUAUUGCCAUUCUCGUACUGAACAGCAGUUCCAUCCUGAGAUUUACAAAUCUACAAAGUGCAAUGACAUCCGCCAAACAGGUUACUGCCCACGCGGUCCAUUUUGUGCAUUUGCACACAUUGAAAAGGACAAAAUGAAUGUAGUCAUACUGCAAACUGGUUGUCAGUCAAAGCCAGGCGCUCAUCUGUUUUCAGCAGACAGCAUAGGAAUUGCAAAUGAAUGGAGCAGCAGUCUUAACUUCACAAACAGCAUUACAGAUAACACUGGGCAAUCUGGAAAUAUUUCCUGUGCCUCAAGUCCAACAGUAAUGUCAAGCUCUGGUAGCUGUAGCUCAUUAUCGCCUAUUGGACCCCUUUGUAGGCAAAGAUCAUUAGCAAAUGGUGCUUUGUGUUCCGAGUGUAGCCCAUCAGGUGUGUCUUCACCAAAUUCUAGCUACCCAAAAGCACCAGGUUUUGAACGAGAGGAUCAGAUGAAACAGAAAAGCCUGCCAGCCGACAAUUAUCAGAAAAUAAGUGAACAAGACAAUAAGCAGAACCAUCUCAGUGUUUUUUCAGUGAUUAAUCCACUUGCUUCAAGUAUAACCUCCAGUAUAACUUCUAGUCUGGCUUCCAGUAUUGGAUCAGAUAAUUCAUCCCCAACAGCUCUCUCAGCUAUCAGUACUAAAGCUCUCCCAUUCUACCCUGGCAGUAAUACAGUUGAAUCAGUUAUAGGUUCUGCUUUAGAUCUACAUUUUAGUGAUAUAAAUGUUGCAUCUUUAGAUAAAGAAUUAGAAGAUCAAGAAAACAGUGACAUUGGAUUAACAAGUCAAAGGUUACUGGGAAGUUCAGCUCCUGUCAAUAUUCCAGGUUCUGUUGCUCGUUCCUCAUCUUUACAUUCAUCAUCUUCCCUUUCAACCUCUCCACUCAGUUCUCUGUCACAGUCGUUGUCUCAGUCUUUUAUUUCAUCCACUAUGGCUCCUCACCAACAGCAGACUCAGCCUUUGAAAUCAGAACAUAGUAUGUUAGGCACUUCAGCCUCUUCUCAUAACUCUUUAGGUAAGUUAUGUGAAUGGUUAAUCCUUUGUGUGUAAUAGAAAGGGAGUCCAUGGCAAGUCAAACAGAUUUUCCUGUGAUCUCUCAUCUGGAAGUCAAAGUUUCAUUGUUAUAAAUAAGUAAUUUAUCCUAUUCUUUACAAAUAGAGUAAGAGAU